UCCUUUCGGAGACCUCCGCAGCAUCCACACCAAAAUUAUGGCGCCUACAAUCACGGCAGCAAUGGCCAACUCUCAGGAACACCUGACUCUGAAUCACAAGCUCAGAAAGCCUCUGGUGGAGAAGUUACGCAGAGAGCGAAUCAACAGCAGCAUCGAGCAGCUCAAGUCUCUCCUGGGUCCAGAGCUCCUCAAGCAGCAGCCAGACUCCAAGCUGGAGAAAGCAGACAUCCUGGAGAGGACCGUCUGCUUCCUGACGCAGCUGAUGCAGCAGAACCAGCAGCAGAGAGGACGGCUGAACCAGCUUGAACAUCUCGACGCCUCUUUUAAUGACAACCAGAAAGAGGCUGAGAUCACUCAGAACUCCACGGUUCAGACCAGCAAAGACGAAGAUCCAGAGGUUAAAGUGUGGAGGCCUUGGUAGACACCUUCUGACUGAAGUUGCUAUCAGACUGAAUAGGAAGAGGACACUGGUCCAAGAGGACUAUCCUCAGAAACCUUUCUGAGGACUUUGUAUUCUGUUUAAACAGAGCUUUUAUGAUUUAUACAGAUUUUUUUUUUUGUUUUGUUUUGCUUUGUGUUAUUACAUUUCUAGUGGAAAUGGCUGCAACAUCUUUUGUGUUAAGAUGGAAAAGAAUUAUCAUGCAUGUUGCAUGAAACUUGAAUAUCUUUUUUUUUUUUUUUUUACUGUGCCUUCAGGCAGACAAUUUUACUGACAAAAUUGAUCGUCUAUUUAUCAGUAAAUUACCAUAUUGGUCAAACAAUGCUGAGCUAAAUUCAUUGAAAUUUGAAGAUUUUGAUCAUCUGUUUGUACAGAAGAAUUGCUUCUAUGUAUGAAGCCUCUUUAAUACCUUGUUUUCAGUGCAAGAUUUAUUUUUCUUAGGAAAUAACAUAUACUGUUUUAGUGCAUGUUGCAUAAAACAUUUCUUUUUACCAAGUAAAUGUUAUAUUAUCUGGCUGUAACGCUAGGGUAGCACUUGCUACAUCCUGAUUUCUAUUUACUGCUAUGACGGAAAAUGAAAAGUUCUUUCUGAGGACUUGUUUUAUUGAUGAACUUUUAAUCUCUUUGAUUACUGCAAACUGAUCUUUUGUAAGAUCCUAAUGUUAAUUAGUUCAUUUUAAUGAUGUAAUGAUAACACAAUUUUAAUAAUUGCAACUGUUUUGUUACGUGGUUGAUCAUUUUGUCAUCCUCACUUUAUGGGAUUGCAGAAAAAAUUAUGUAUUCUGAGGUUAAUUUACCUGUCAAACUUUUUUUCAUGUUGAAAAGUGUUUCUCUUCGUUGACCACUGAACAAAACUUUGUGGUUGUGAAGAAUUAUGUGACCAGUUUAGGUCAAAAGGAAGAUGUUCUUAAUCUUUUCCUCAUAAAGUGUAGAGUUUUUUUCUACACAGGUUUUACAAAAUCUCAAAAGAACAGUGAGUUCUGUAAGUUGUUUGUCUUUUAUAAAGAUGCUGCUCCUUUACUCUCUCUGAGUACCAUGGGUCUUGUAGAAAUCUACAAGUUGUUGUUUGAUGUUUCAUCAAAUUUAUGUGGAAUUUCACAACUUUGAGUGUUUAAGUUAAUAAACAGAUCCAAACCCUCAA